UUAAAAACGUUCCUCCACCCCAUCCGUCCGACACAGGGGAGCAGAUAGGUGAUAGGUGUGUGUGUGUGUUGCUCUCGACGACUCCUUUGCCUCCCCCAUCCCAGAGAAGUUGGAUCCAGAGGGCCGUUGGCUCCCAGUCAGAGCUACAGCACCUGGAACAGGAAGAAACUCAGAACAGAAAUGGCUCAAGACAGAAGCCGAUCCCUUUCCCUGGUCCACACUGGACUGCUGAUAGCAGUGGUCCUGCUACCAGACUUUCUGGGGGCGGUGCCAGUAGAUCAGCAUAAGGAGGACGUAUCUGCAGUGUCAAGCGAUGCAGAGAGCGGAGAUCAGAAGCUGGUGCGCAACAGAAGAAACCUUGCUCUCAUGGCCCUGCCGCAGUUCCAGCGUGUCCCUGACUUCUGGGCAUGGUACAAGCUCUUCACUGAGACUCACAACCAGGAAGGAGUCGAGGACCUGGACCGCCUCUACCUGACCUGGCUGCAGAACAAGCACCGCUCCGAGGAAGGUCCGGCCUUCAACCACUACCUCAACCACCUCAGCGAGAUCUACAAGACCUGCGCCAACUCCGACGACCCCGAGUGCAUCGCCGAGCACACCAGCAAGCCCAAGGCCGCCAUGGUGAUGCCCGCCCAGUUCAGGGCGGCCGCCAUGCACACGUGCAACCCAUACACCGACCCCUACUGCAUGUUCCCCAUGCUCGCCAAGGGAGCGCCCGUGGAGGCCGCGCCCGCCCCGGCCCCGGUCAAGCUCCCCGUCCCCAUCUUCAGCCCCAUGCUGCCCUCCCCCAUGAAGACCCCCACGGGCUACUACUACUACGCCCCAGUGCUGGAGCCCUUCCUCAGCCACGAGCAGAGGGUGGAGCUCAUGAGGAUCUGCAAGCCCGAGGAUGUGGAGUGCCUGCAGUACCACCUGAGAGCGGCUUACGGCUACCGCCCCGUCGCCGGCCCCGCGCCCUCCUACUCCGCCCUCAACUGCAACCCCAAGGACCCCUACUGCAAGCCCGUGCUGGUGCAGAAGUCGCCCACCGGCUUCUACCACAUGCUCUACCCCGGCUGCGACCCGGCCGUCGACCCCCUGUGCGCGUCCGAGGCCGGCCCCGCCCCGCUGUCCGCCGACGGGGCCCCCAAGGAGCAGCACUGCAACCCGCUGUUCGACGGCGGCUGCAACCCCCUUACCGCCACCAAGCUGUCGGGCCUCACCAAGCCCGUGCUGGAGUACCUCCAGAAGGAUGGGCCCGCCGCACCCGCCGCCGCGUCCGUCCCCGCCCCUCUGACCUGCGACCCCCGCACCAACCCCUUCUGCAUCCUGGCCGCGGCGCACUACCUGCGGAGGCCCCAGCCGCAGCUGCCUGAGCACCAGGUCCGCUACAGGCUCGGGGUCCACGGCAAGACCAGGGACGGCCACGACUGCUACGUGCACUAUGAUAAGGACUGCAUCGCCGUGGGAGACCAGCCCAAGGCCCCGGCCGCCGUCAAGGCCCCGGCCACGCCCUACUGCCACCCCUUCGACCCCAGCUGCGGGAAGUUCGCCUCGCCCGCUGCCGCCGUAGCGGCGCCCGCCAAGGCAGCCGGCCCCGACGACAUCAUCCUGCCCCACCCCGACUGCGAUCCUGAGGUCGAUUACAACUGCCGCCUGCGUCGCGGCAAGCCCGCCGCGGCCAUCACCGCCGCCGCAGAUGAGCCCGCCGCCGUCGCAGACGAGCCCGCUCGCAUGACCCGCUCCCAGGCCUCGCCGAGUUUCGAGGACUUCCUGAGCGGCUACCUGAGCCAGUACCAGCAGAAGUGAGCGGUUGAUGACCGGCAACAAGAACAUUAUCAUCGUCGGCUACACAGCCGACUGGCGGCCAGAGAGGAGGGGUUUGUCCUUGCCUCCCGUCACGGACACCAAACGCCAUUAUAGUCGCGAGGCGUUCAAGCUCGUAGCAUCAUUCCUGAAUUAUGAUAGUGAUAGUUAUUAAUAGUGUUACAAGUGUUUGAAGAGUUGUUGUCAUUUGAUCCACAGAUGGGGACAUUUAAAAAAGGGGGUUGAGCAGGUUUUCAGUGUACCAUGAAAAAACAAUGUUAAUUGUGUGCAUCCAUUACUAUGUGUGUUUGCAACAAACAUCCUCUUGUAUAGUUGUGUGUUAGAAACUAAACAAGUUUGAAUUUGUGUCUGUGUAUUCUUUCUCUGUUGUACAUUCUGUUCCCAUUAAAAUUAGACAAUAAUC